AUGUCUGCUUGGAUAAGAAAGCUGGAUCUUUGGCUACUUUGCUCUGUGUUCUAUGUUGGGUUUGAGCCAGUUUGCUUGCUGGUUGCCUUGGGAGUAGGACUCGGAGUCGGCAGCUGCAGCAGAGGAAGAGUCGGUGUUGAAGAGGACGUAGUGGGUAGAGAAAUGGUGGGUGUGGGUUAUGUUGUGGUAGCGAGCUUCAUCGCAACUGUUGUGGCAAUGGAGGGUUGUGGAGGAAGAGGAGGGUUGUGGAUGAAUUUCCGAAUUUACUCUCAUAUAUGA